AAGCAUACAAUCACUAUUACAUGUAGAAAAACACGCGCAACAUCCAUUAUAUAAGUGCCUUAUGCAUUAUUUGUUCAAGUACUACCAUUAGAGAGGACAACUAGCUACUUAUAGUGCUCGUAAGAAAAAAUAGAUGGCUAUAACAGGAAAGAUAUGAGGUGAAGUUGAAAUCAAAUGUCAUUGUCACCUGGUCUUUGAACUCUCCAAGCACAGGCCACACGACACGUCAGACGUCGACCCUGAGAGGAUUGAAUCUUGCCAUAUGGUUUCUGGUGAAUGGAGUGUUCCUGGAGCUGUCAUUCAGUGGCACUACUACCAUGAUGGAAAAAAGGAAACUGCUAAAGAAAUCAUUGAAGAAAUUGAUGAUGAAUUACACAAAAUUGUGUUCAAAAUGAUUGAAGGAGAUAUCUUGGAGGUGUAUAAUUCCAUUAGUUUCACCUUUAUGACCAAAGAUGUCGGCGAUAAGAAGUUUGUGAUCUGGACUAUAGAGUUUGAAAAAGCGAACGCAAGUAUACUAGAUCCAACAUCGUAUCUGGACGUGGUUUGUGGAAUAGUUGGAAAUAUGGAUUCUCAUUUUCUCAGGUAAACAUGAUGUCGCCGAUAUAUUCACUAAAUAAAUGGCGCUGACAUUAUCAGCUCCAACAGCGACUUGCUUGGUGUUAUGGUGUUAAAGGGAAGUUAUUGUCCAAUAAAUAAAUGUCAGCUGGUGUGUUUAUAAAUAUUAACGCUUGUGUAGAUAUGCAUUUGUAUUGUAUACUAACAUGGUGUUAUGGUAUAUUUUCAGUUACUUGUGUGGGAAUUGUUUCAUCUUUUGCUUUAAUUUUGAAACUAAGGUGAUGUUUGUUUUU